AGAGAGAGAGAGAGAGCUAUGGUUUCCGGGCUUCAGAAGAGAGAACCAUUGCGCCGAAAGCUUCAAAAUCUAAGCAGCCUUACCAAGAUGAAAUCUGUCAAGAGGAGCUCCAUUUUCAUGGAGGCUUUGCUCCAGAUUUACAUGUUGAAACUCAAGCUUGAAGCAGUCCAGAGAGAGUACCUGCAUCUCAUGGCUCUUAAAACAGAAUGCUUAAACCUAAUCAAUCAUUCUCAGGUCCCCAAGGAAGUGAAGAUUGAGAAGAUUGAGGAAGGGUUUCUUGUGAGAGUGAAGUGCGAGAAUGCAGGAGACACUCUGGUUUCAGUUUUGGAAGCUUUUGAAGAAAUGGGUCUUACUGUUCUGCAAGCUAGAAUUUCAAGCAACAAUUAUUUUUCCAUGGAGGCCAUCGCUGUAGCUGAAAACCAAAACCAAGACCGGGUGGAUGUGAGAGAUAUCACGCAAGCAAUUACUAGGGCAACCGAGAUUAAUGGUCAUUGAAAAGAGAUGCAUGUGAAUAAUGCUUUGUGGUUCAAGUUGAUAACUCUUAAUUAGUGCUGCUGAUCAAUUUAAUUAAGAUUAUUGAUCGAUUGAUGCGUAUCUCAGUAUGUAAUAUAAUGUAAUGUAUUUGUGUCACUGACUUCCACUUUGAAUUGAAAAAGGAAAGGUAGACCCAAAAAGAAAAGGAAGAAAAAAGGGCAUUCAAAUG